UCUGUUAGGUUUUGACCUUGGCGAAGGCUGAACAUUUUGCCAAAAUGGCUGCCAACAGCGAAAAGGAAACGGCCCAGCUCAAAAUUGUUGUGUCUGCAUUUCGAAAACAAGCUGGUCGUUUCAAAGCAAAGAAUCCUGCACCAAUUUUGGCGGCUGCUGCAUCUCUCGCCGGCGAUGGGGUGUGUGCGCGCUGCCUGCUGCGCGUGGCAGGACACACCAUCUUUGACGACUACGCCCUGCCGGCACCCAGCAGCGAGCAGCUGCAGAAGGCGCUAGCGGCGGCGGCGGCACCGCAGCGCGCGCCGUCGCCCUCGCCGCCGCUACUGGCGCGGGGCGCGACGCCGGAGGGGGCCCCUGACAGCUCGGCGCCCACUCCACAACCGGCGAUUGAGGAGGAGGCCGCCGCAGAAGGGGCUGGGCGCCAGGAGGCGCAGCCUCCGGAGCUGGCGGCAGCGGCGGCGGCAGCGCCGGAGGGGGCGGCGGCGGCGGCGGCGGUGCAGGAGGCGCCGGCUACGGCCCUGAACAACGCAGCCGCGGACACCGCAGUCCCGGACGCGCCGAUGCGCGCGAGUGCUACUGCCGCCGCCGCAGGCCCCUCUGCGGGCCCCUUGGGGGGCUGUAGCAGCCCUGCUCCUGGCGCCCGGGACUGCCCCAUGUGCUUCGGGCUACUGCCGCGCCUGUUUGACGACCGGCCCCUGCAGCCGCAGCAGCAGGAACAGCUGCUACAGCCGCAGCCACAGCUACAGCCGCAGCCACAGGCGCAGCUACAGCCGGGCGGCGGGACUUCCGCAAACGGGGCAACAGCGACGGCAGGGGUGGCGGCUGCGGCGCCGGUUGACGCCGCCUGGCUGCGGCUGCAGCUGAGGGCUGUAGCAGGCGGCGGCGGCGGCGGCGGCGGCCCGUUGGCGGGGCACGAGCUACUGCCACCGCAGGCGGUCUGCGCCGCCGGGGUGGCGGUGGCGGCACUGCGGCAUGCUGCGGUGGGGCCGCCGGGGGCGGCGGAGCUCAUUGCCGCCGCGGCAGCCGCCGACGCGUCGGCAGCGGGGGCCGAGCCCACCGAAGGCGGCGCCACAGGCCCCAACAGCGGCGGCAGCGGUGACGUGGAAAUGGCGGACGCGGCGGCGGCCGCCGCCGGCGGCCAGCCGCCUCCGCUGCCGCCGCGGCUGCGGGGUCUGCAGCUGGGGCCUCCGCUGCCGCUGCGCACCUUCUGUCUGGAGGUGGGCGUGGGGCCGGCCUCGGCGCCGCUGCGGGAGCUGGCGGUGCAUGCGGCGCUGAGCAGCCGCUACGAGGCGCAGCAGGUGCCGUGCGGCGGGUGGCGGGUGUGCGACAUCACGCCCAUCACAGCCGUGCUCAGGCGGGCUCUGCCGCCGGUGCUGGGCUCGCGGCUGGGCCUGGAGCCGGCGGCGCCGCAGUCCGCCGACCUCACGGUGUCGUUGGCGGCGCUGGAUGGCGGCGCGGGACUGGAGGACGUGCGGGCGCUCUUGGAAGACCAGGCCGCGCUACAGGCCCGCCGCUACGCCUUUGCCGGCGGCGGCCCCGACACAGGCCGCGGCGGCGGCGGCGGCAGGCACGGCCGAGCCAACAAACGCCAGCGCCACAACCAGCAGCAGCAGCAGCAGCAGGGCCGCGGCGGAAGGGAGGCGGCUGCGCCGCCGGCGGCUGUAGCGCCGCCGCCGGUGCCGGAGUCACGUGUGCGGGCCAUGACUGCGGACCAGGCGCUUGCAGCUAGCAGUAGCAUGCCACGACACGUGGUGAUGAAGACCUUCCCCUGGCCGCCCCGGCCCCGCGGCAGUAGCAGCAGCAGUAGCAGCAGCAACGGCGGCAACGGCAGUAGCAGCAGCAGCGGUGCCAAGGGUCCUGAGAACGGGGGCGCGGCAGCGGCAGCGGAGGCGCAGGCGGGGGCGGAGGCGGCUGUGGCAGAGGCGGCUGGGCCGGGUCCCGAGUCAGAGAAGGCGGCAGCGGAGGCGGCGGCGGCUGUGGCGGAGGGCGGCGUGCGUUUGUUUGUGCGCGCCGAGCGGCCGCCCAUCCUCAUCGCCGGCAGGUACUGCAAGCUGCGGCGCCACAUGCCCCAGAGCCCCUGGUUCGACAUGGGCAGCGGCCAGCGCAUCGGCGGCGUGUCGGUGCAGGAGGCCCUGGAGGGCUGGCUGCUGCCGCUGUGGGGGUGCUGCACGGCAAAGAUGGUCACGGGCGGGCGCGAGGACGCCGACGUACGAAUGCUGGGCGCGGGCCGGCCCUUCAUCCUGGAGCUGCAGGGUCCUCUGCGUGCCAGUCCGCCGGCCGCCACCCUGAGGGAGGUGGAGCGACGCAUGCGCGCCAGCCACUGCGGCGCCACGGCUCAGGGCCUGACGCCGUGCGGGCGGCCCGCGCUGGAGGCCAUUAAGGCCGCGGAGGACAGCAAGGAGAAGACCUACGCCGCGCUGUGCUGGGCAGCCUGGAGCGAGCAGGGGGAGGAGGAGGCGGCGGCGGCGGCGGGGCCCAGUGGUGGCGGCAGUGGUGGUGGCAGUGGUGGUGGCAGUGGCGGUGAUGGUGGCGGUGAAGGGGCGGAGGCAGAGGGAGCAGGGGUGGGAGCAGUGGCGGCGGCGCAGUACCGGCCUCUGCCGGCGGCGGCUCUGGCGGCGCUGGUGGCUCGUUGCGGCGGGGCGGGCGGUGUGACGGCAAUGCAGGACACACCCGUGCGUGUGCUGCACCGCCGGGCGGCCAAGAUCCGACCGAAGUGGUUGCGAGUGGAGUCGGCGGAACUGGUGGCGGCGGGGCCGGAGGCGGCGGCGGCGGCCGCAGCAGCAGCAGGAGCUGCAGUCGGUGGCUCGCAGGCGGCGGCGGCGCCGCCGGCUGAGUCGCACUACUUUGUGCUGAAGCUGCGAACCCAGGCGGGCGCCUACGUGAAGGAGUUCUGCCACGGCGACUUCGGCCGCUGCCGGCCGUGCCUGGGGGAGGUGCUGGGGCAGGUUAUGGCGGAGAUACGGGGCAGGGGGCGGCAGCAGGAGGGGGGGCAGGAGGAGGGGCAGGAGGGGAAGCAGGGGGCAGAGAAGGAGCAGGGGGCCGCGAAGGAGCAGGAGGGGAAGGGCAAGGCGGGGGCGGCGGGGGUGCGGGCGCUGCCGGUGCACUGUGAGAUUGUGCAGCUGGACGUGCUGGACGUACACCUGGAGGACUGGCCGUGAGGGGGGUUAUGUGCCCGAGCCCAAUGAGUCCCAAUGAGUCAAGGAGAAUCGUUGCCGAACCCAGAAAUGCAGGUGGUGUGGUGGUUCAGGUGGUGGAGUGGCCGUGAGUGGGGGCUGUGGGGGCAGGAGGUUGCAGAGCGUGGAGCGAGAACUGAGGUGGAGGCGUGUGUAUGCUGGGAGUAGCAUGCGUCAUCGUGACCACACGCCACACUUAUCGCUGCCCCCACGCCACGUGUCGUGCCUGGACUCUGAAGCAAGCCUGUAAGCGAUCGGAGUGGCGGUGUAAGGAGGCCUGAUU